AUGUGUUUAUGGUCAAGAAUUAUGGGUUUAAGAAUGCGUAGUAAAUUAAAAAUGACCACUCCAAGAAAAAAGAUCUCAUCAGAUUCCUCAUUAUCAAGGAAUUAAACAGAACUUACAAAUAUCCUGAAGCAGUAUUAUUCAUUCUAAUUUAAACUGAAUUAGGCCUACUAAGCAUUAGACUUCCAGGGAAAAGGUUUUGUAGAUGUCAAUGACUUCGUAGAGGGUAGAAUCAUAUAUAAGUUACCUUUUUCAAAGAAUGAUUUGAGAGAAUUUUUAGUCAAUGAGACUAUCUUUAAGAAAUAGCAGCAACUAAAGAUCGAAGUAUUUACUAAAAACUUCUUUCCAAAUAAGUUAAAAGAACCUGUAAUGAACAAUCAAAAUGGCUAGGAUUUCUCAGAUUCAGAUAAAUCAGAUGAGGAGGAAAUCAAUAAUGAUACUUCGAGGAAGCCAAUGAUGGCGGGCACCAAGUCUGUUUAAGAUUUCACAAUAAAUGAUUCUCUCUCAAAAAUGUCUUCAUCUAAGAAUCGUGACAUCAACAAUAAAAUGAAACACAUUGAAGAUAUUCUUAAGGAAAGAUUAUCUAAUAAUUGGGUUUCAGUGAGAAAGGCAUUUUUAGAUCUCGAUGAAGAUUUUGAUGGAUUUGUGACUGCGGAAAACUUUGCUAAACUUAUUGGAGGCUCAAGUGGUAGCUCUAAAUUCGACUUCAAUUUGCUGAAAAUGCUGAUUAAAAUGAGAAAUUCAAAAUUGAGUCCAGAUCUUAACUAUACUGAGUUUUGCAGGUGGUUUGGAGCAGUCAUUGAACCAGUCGAAGCUUUUUAUUUUAGACAUGACUCCAUGAAAAAUCCAUAGUAUGAAAAGAAUAUCUAAAAGACUGUACUGCAAUAUGCAGGCGGCUAAAAGAAAAUUAGAGAAUUAAUAUCAAACAAAAAUCUAAAGGAAAGGUUCAUUGAUAAGCUGCAUAAUUAGUUCAAAUCUUGUCAAAGAGCUUUCACUGAGAUGAAUAGAAAUAAGAGUGGAUUCAUUUAAUAAGAAGAAUUUUUUGAAAUCAUAAAAUCAUGGGGUUUUGAUGCCUCAGAUUAGCUAUUAAAAGAGUUAUUUGAUUGGCUAGAUUAUGAUAAAGACAGCAAGAUUAGCUACGAGGAUUUAAGAUCCACUGCUGGAUAAGAUGUUAGUCCAAUGGAGUAGCUAUUCUUUAGGUAAGAUGUCAAGCCUGCUAAAAUGGUCACCUGCAAGUAUGAAAAGUGCUGGGAAAACAACAAUUUCAAUUCUAAGUCAAUUUACUGCCCAUUACAUCAGAAAAUUAUGAGAAAUCUAUGCCUUGAUAAAUUUUCAGGCAUUGCUGAGAAAGCAGAUGAAGAUAAAUGGAAUUAAUUAGUGAAAAUUAUUAUCGAUUCAGACUAUCAAAUGAAAAUUAAAGAACUAGCAAAUGUGCUGUAAAAUGUCCUCGGCAUUAAAAUCAACAAUAAAGAGAAGGAGUUCAUCUGGGAGACCUUUAAAGUCAAGCAGUAUCUAGAGGAUAAUCCUGAUGAUAUGAAUGAGAGAUUAGUGUCUCUAUAGGCUCUGAUAAAUUCAAGAAAGCAGUCAAGACUCAAGAAGAUUAACUAGCUCAUGAAUCUUGAGGCAGAUGAUGAACAGGCAGCUGAAGAUAUCAAACUUAAGGGCUUAUCAUAAAUUGAUGAAGCCUAUAUCAAAUAGAUUGCAACAUUAAAAAAAGCUAAUUGGGGAGGAAUUUGGAGAUCAAUCAAAAAGAUUGAUAAAGAUUCAAAUGGAUUUGUUACUAUCGAUGAGCUUGAAGAGAUAUUCAAAGAAUGGUUUCCUAUUGAACUUGAAGGAAAAACUUGCUAUCAUUAUUUCAAAAGAUUUGGUAGCGUCUAAAACAGAAAUCUGAUUAAUUAUAAAAAGAUCAAGGAUUCCAUUAAUGAGUAUCUUAUCCAAACUGAAAUAAAAGGAGCUUCAAACUUAAACAAAUUAGAGAAUAAGGACGAAAUGCUAAGUAUUUAUAAUCAAUCAAAAUCAGAAUCAACCAAAUAAUAGAAGCAUGAGUAGCAAGAACUAAGUGAUGAUGAGGAAAAUCUUAAGAUCGAAGGAUAAUCAUAAAAGCCGUUAGGAGAUUACAGCAUAAUGAGUGGUUAUGGUGGAUCAAUUUCUGGUAAACACAAGGGGUCUAUUUCCAAAAUUAACUCAAGACAAAUAAUUGCUGAAAAUAGAUAGACUCUCCCAACUAAAUUGCAGCAGUAAUUGACUGAAAGAAGAUAGUCUAAUCAUAUAUCACCCUUGCCCCAGAUGAAUAUGAAUUCAUCUAUAUAAAAGAUAAAUGAUAUGUAAAAUUUAGAGCUCAACAUUGGAAAUGAAACUGAAGAUUAUCCAAAUAUCCUUAAUAAUAGGAGUACAACUCCAGUCAUGUCAAAAGCGUACAAGAAUAACAGUCAAACUUUACUUACCAAGAAUAAGUCUCUUAAUAGAUUGGGACCUUUAAGCUAAAUCUCAAUCGCAACAUCAGCUAAAAGUUUAAAGUUCAAUGAGGAUGUUAAAGUAAAGUUAGCAUAUGAAUGGAAGAAUGUUUAUAGAUCUUUGGCUUAGGCUGAUAGUCUGAGAAAAGGAACAGUUCCUAUUGGAACGUUCAAUAAAAUAAUUCAUUAGCAUAAAGUUUACCUAUCUAGAGAGGAACUUCGCAAAAUUGAGUCAUUAUAUGGUGCUAGUAACUCAAAUCCACUACUCUAAGAAAUCGACUAUGUCAAAAUUUCUCAAGAACUUGGACUUCACAGACAGAGCCUUGAUUUUAUAAAGCCUAAAAAUCUCUAGUAUGUAGAGUAGCUAACUAAAAUAAGGGACACUCCAAGUAGAGGUAGUGUGUUUUCAAAGCUAAGCAGAAGCUAAAUUGGUAUGAGUUAGCAAUACCCUCUUACUGACAGACAAGGCGGUAAUGACUCUAUAAUAAAUGGAGGAAGAAUCCCACAGAAUAAAUUGAGUGCAGCUAGAGAGUUUAUAUCUGCUUAUGACAAAUAGAAGACUGGAAUGGUCUCAUUGGCUAAUUUCCAAAAAGUUCUAAGAAUAUUUGGUGUGCAGUCAAAUUAGAAUCAGUUCAAAGCAAAUGAAGUUGGAAUGAUAGAUUAUGAAAAAGCAUUAGAAACACUAAGUGUUUUAUGA